CUGGGAGCACUGUGAAAGAAGCGGUUUCUGUAUGGAUACAUCACCACCUUUCUACAUCUUCAGUUCACAUCAUCUUUUCUGUUUGUAACGGUCUGGUUUAGACACCAUCUCCACUCACCUGUGCAGGCAGAACAUACUCUGCAUCUUGUGUCUGUGUUGGAGAGGGCUUGGGGGAACGUACGUGUGCAUUUGUGUGUGGCAGUGUGAUGCCCACGCUGUGCAGGCUAUGGACUUUGCUGGGGCUUCUCGUGGCUCUGAGCAACUGGUCGCUGUCGGCAACAGAGGGUGAGGGUGCCUUGCAGAAGGAAGAUGUGGCUACAUUGGUCAGCGACAUCUUCCGUGCACUCCAGUGUCCAGAACACAUUGAUGGGACUCAUCAUCUCUGUUACAAGUGCCUCCCGCAAGACUGGUUACUGUCAGUACAGGAGAAUGAUAGAAAGGACUACCUCAGUGGGGAGGAGUACCUUAAAUUUUCCACUGUGCUGCUCUGUUACAUCAUCAACAUGAGACAGCUCUGUUCCUCCAAUGUCUCCUCUUCGCCCUUACCUCCUGAUUACUCAUACUGUGUCUGGGCUCUGACCACACUCCACUCAUUGGAAGAUGAAAGUUUCCUCUCGGCCAAUGAGACAGAGAGCAUUCUUAAACUCAUUAACCAAAACUACCAACCAGAGGAAAGACCCACUUCCAAAUACACUCAGUGUAUUGAUGCAGCACAUCUGAUGGAGGAGGUUGGUGUUACAGACAGCAGAGGUGUUGAGUCCUCCUCUGUUCCUCGAUUGGCUGCAGCUAUUAUCUAUCACUUACGCAAGGGCCAUUGUGUAAGCAGAAGGAACCUCCCCUCACCUGCUUUCUUCACUGACUACAUCUUCCAGUCUCUCAACCGGACCAGUGACCUACAUGUAAAAGACCUGGAACAGCUGUUAUACAAGCUUGGUGUAGGAGGCACUGUCACUCACAGCUCACAUGGCAGGGAGAGGCGGAGCACUGUAGACUCCUCCCCAGACCAACCUUAUGCAUGCAGUCUGCCACUAACAAGAGAAACCAGAGACUGGACACAGAUGUGUUUCUCAGCCAGUGAGCUACUGGAAAUUUUCAUCAUGGAUCCCCAUUCGUCAAUAUCCAGAGGACACUUUAGACACAUCUGUCCUGCAAUCAUUCAGCAGCUACUGGGUGACGCCUGUGAGUCUCCACUACCAGCAGCUAGUGCAUCUCCUCCCAGUGAUAUUGAGAAGUAUGGCUACAGCACAGUGGCAGUGCUGCUCAUCACACUGGGCUCCAUGCUGGGAAUCUGCCUGAUCUUUUUUAAUUCCUGUCAAGAGACCUACGCUCUCCUCCUGCAGAUGUUUGUGGGGCUUGCCGUGGGCACACUCUCAGGAGAUGCUCUGUUCCAUCUGAUACCACAGAUCCUUGGCCUUCAUGAGGACAGUCAGCAUUUUGAUCCUAAGCUCACAAAAGAAAAUGACUACCUGUGGAAGGUUGCAGGCAUCAUUACUGGGAUCUAUGGCUUCUUCCUCAUUGAGAGAGUCUUCUCUUUUGGAAUGUCAUCUCAUGGGCAUGGUCACCUACAUGAUUUGUCUGUGGAGCUUAACUGUAAUGAAGAGGGGCAGCAUGGGAAAUCAGUGUCUACCUUGCAGCUGAGAACUGUGGAGGAGAGAGAGUGUACAGAAAGGCAAUCUGUGGAGCCUAGCAUCAACCAGCAACAGAAACAAGGCAUGCCUCUUUUGGCUGUAAUGGUAGUAGUUGGUGACAGCCUCCAUAACUUUGCUGAUGGUUUGGUAGUGGGAGCUGCGUUCUCCAGCUCAGUUAAGACUGGUAUGGCAACUACAGUGGCUAUCCUGUGCCAUGAGGUCCCCCAUGAAAUGGGUGAUUUUGCGGUGUUGCUGAGCUCUGGUCUCCCAGUGAAGCGAGCUGCACUUAUGAAUGUUCUCAGCACCCUCACUGCCUUUGCAGGGCUCUACGUCAGCCUCUUUGUCUCCUCCCACACCGAAGUUCAGCAGUGGAUCUUCACUGUGACAGCUGGUCUAUUCCUCUAUCUGUCACUGGUCAAACUGAUGCCUGAGAUGAGUAGAAUUCAGUCUCCACAUCCAUAUCUUGUGUUUUUUCUGCAGAACAUUGGUCUGCUCAUGGGUUGGGCAUGUCUGCUGCUUCUAGCACUGUUUGAAAACAAGCUCACAUUUUAACACAGCUCUUAACAAAAUAAGUUCACUCAAUAAGGACAAUAUUUGUUCUUUCUAGAUAAUUAUUAUUGCUGAAAGCUCCAGUCAGGAAAUGCUGAAAAAAAAAUGCUGACCCAUGGACACCUUAUCACUUACUUUGAAUUUGCUACUGCAUAACUUAGAUAAUAUAUAUAUUUUAACAGGGGUGAUAUCAUGAUAUCAUAAUUCUCUCUCAGUCUGGUCCUGAACUAGCUCUGCACCACAUACGUUCUGUUCUCUUACUCUAAUACAGUGAGUGCAAGACUUGUUAAUUCAGUGAAAAUUGUUUAAUUUGUUUUGAGCAGAGAGAGAGAGAGAGAGAGAGAGAAAAAAAAAGUAAAUGUGGUAACGAUGUGGCGCCUCAACUUCAAGGGUGGGACACACACCACAACUGGUGGUUACAUCAAGAUGGACCAGCCUUCUGGCUUGUGACUGCUCUGAGCUGAUUUCAUAGAUUUCUAUAUAUUAAAAUAUAUCCAAGAGUAAAUAUUAAAACUGAGGACUAAGAAAUUGUUCACUGACUGUUUGAGAAUAAAAUCGUCUUUCUGUGGUAGGAGAUUUAAUAUGAAUAUAAAAGCUACUAAUUGGUUGUGUGUGUAUGCGUAGGAUGUAGUACAUAUUGUGUUGGCCUCUGUCAAAGACCCUUUACCUAAAAUCAGAUAUUUCUGGAAUUUAUGUAAAAGUCACAACAGUACAUUAGUAUAAAACUACGGUAGUAUUCUAAUUUGUUACUAUUACACUCAUGAGCUACAAAAUGUACAAAUGGGUGUGUUGUUCUGCUGUUCAUUAACCAGCAGAGGGAGCAAAACGUAUAAUUGGACAUCUCUUAAAUCCUCGUCGUAUUAACAUUAAAGACGCACCUAAGCAUUGCUCUGCUGCGCACGCAUGAGUAGCGCGGAAGAUGAUGUCGAGCGUGGGAAGGAGGGCAGUGAUCCAGGGAAGCGCUUUGCUGUUGAGC